UUACAUAUUUUGACAAGGAGUGUUACAUGUACGCUUUAUAAAAAGUUAUCUGAUCAAAACAAUUACGUUUGAAAUAAUCAUACAAAAAGAUCAGAUAGCUCUAUCCCGUUAUAGAAUGAAGAAAUGUGACAUUUGUUUCAAAGAAUUCAAAGGAGAUGCUGGUAUCAGGAUACAUAAAAGCAAAAUGCACAAAGAUGAACCAAUAGGAGGUAAACCAAAAACAGCUGUACAAGCCUCAAAUGGCGAUCAUCAAACACAAGAUUUAAAAUUCAAAUGCAAAUUUUGUGAAAAAAAAACUGAAACAGAAAACGGUUUGCGAAUUCAUCAUGGACAAAUACAUAAAGGUACUACAUAUCCAGAGCCCGCUUCUACAGAUAAGAAAGGAAGCAGAACAAAAAGUGUGGCGGAUGCACAUGGUACUACCUAUCUAGAGCCCUCUUCUACAGAUAAGAAAGGAAUCAGAAUAAAAAGUGUUCCGUAUGCACAUGGCGGCAAUCAUACAGAUGAUUUGCAAUUUAAAUGUAAAUUUUGUGAAAAAACGUUCGAAACAGAGAGAGGAUUGAAAAUACAUCAUGGACGUGUUCAUCAAGAUAAAGAUUUUCCUGGACAUUGUUGCAAAAUUCCAAAUGGUGCAACAGCAGCAACGAAGGACCCGUAUGCUGAAAGCGUAGCAAAAGUAGAACUUCUAAGAUCUCCUUCAGUUCCGCUUGAUAUGAUGGUAAAAAUAGACAAAGCCAGAGUGACAGAUCAAGCCAUUGAUAGACUUUCAGAUCAAUCGGAGGAGUGCAAGAUGUCCAAGAAAGAUGCUAGUGCAGCUUCAGAAGCAAUGAACUCAUUUACUGAGUCUUUCCUGACAGAAUUGAACAAAAUUUCUAAACUGAAAUGGACUCAUUUCAAUUCUGGUUCUUUUUAUGAUAAAACUAGAAAUAGUCCCGAUGAGUUUGAUUUGAUGAUAUACCCGGAUGUUCAGGUGUCUGUAGAUUUUGAUGAUAAGUCAGUUCCUGGUUUCUAUAAAGUUAAAAUGGUAUCAACAAGAGUUUCCGAAUUAGAUAGUACAGUUACAAGGAAUGAUUACGUUACACCAGGGGCCUAUAAGACUUAUGUUUUUGGAUUGAUUGAUCGUGUGCUUCAGAAAAUCAGAGAAGGUAGAAGAGUGACGAAGAGAGUUAAGUCCAGAAACAGUCCUGCCUACACAAUCGAUUUCAAUGCAAUCCCUGGAAAGAAAGCAAUCGACGUAGAUUUGGUUCCCUGUUUUAAAAUUGAUUGUUGGCCUCCAGUUGCGAAACGAAUAGAUCCUAAAUGGAUUUCAUAUGACAGUGUUGUCCGCAAUGCAAUGAAAUCUUGUGACGUAGUAUGCAAAAAAUGUCCACAUGAUCACCCAGACAAUAAUUUGCUAUGGCGGUUGUCAUUUGCAAAGGCAGAGAAAAUGUUAAUGAAUCAUGCUAACAGCAGUGGAGAUUCGACAUUCAAGAAAGAUGCCUUUCGUUUCAUCAAGUUGUAUAUCUGCAAUAUGAAAGAACAAUUUCCCGGAGAAAUACAAAAAUUCAGUUCCUACUGCAUAAAACAAUUUAUGUUCACACAAUUUGACAACUGGCCCAAAAAAGCAACAGAGGAGGUCAUAAUACAAAGAAGCAUUUUGACACAGCUAAUUGAGGGACUGGAAGAACGAUGUAUUCCAAAUUAUUUUAUACAAAAUGAUAAUGUCCUACAGUUUAUUCCAAAGCAUGAGUUAGAUCUUUUAUGUCGCGGGAUAAAAAUGGAAUAUGAAAAAUUGCUUGGGAAAAAAAGAAGUAAAUAAACAGAAUGUUUCGUGAUUAACAAAACAAGAUUACACAGGCUGUAUUGUCUGCUUUACUGAUCACAAUCAUUUUUCUGUUGAUAGUCUUUCAGAUAAAGGUUUAUAACAAACAUCACAUAACUUAUAAUAAUCAACCCUGUCAGACCAACAUAUGUACA